AUGGAACCGCCGGCGCCGAACCCGGGACACGGAGCGGGCCGCCCCAUGGCGACCCGCCCAGCCCCGUGCACCGUCCGCAGCCCUGUGGCGCUGCAGGUGGGAGAUGUGAAGACGGACCUAGCUCAGCCUGGCGUGGCCGUCAUUGAUGUGGCCUUGCCCCCCGCCCAGCCCCUGGAUUUGCAGGAAAUCGUCUUUAAGAACUCCUACACAGCUUUCCUGACUGUGCGAGUGCAGCGGCGCCGCCCCUGUGAUGUGGGGCGCGCCAGCGCCAGGAAGUGGGUCACCUGCUUGUGGAAUCACUGCCUGAUGCCCAGCCCGCACACAGAGGCCGGCUCCCAGGAUUACUUCUCUCUCUUCAGGCAUCAGUUGCUGUGUGAUGUGGAUCAGGUGACCGCCGUGCGUUUGAUUCUUCGCCAGCCCUCACCCGUUUGGCUGCACUUCACCCUGGAGGAGCUGCGGCUCUACCCCAGGGGCCAGCAGAGCCUGCAGACAGACUUCCCGUCCUGGCUGUCCCACCUGGCCCCCCAGCAGCAGCCAGAAAACCUGCAUGGGGUAAGCAGGCUCCUUAUGAGCAGCGCUGGAGCUGGGGUCUCCCAGGGAGCAGUGAGCAUGUCCCGGCCAGAGUUGGGGUAUCCUGGGGGGAGAGGGCAGCAGGGUGUCCCCGACCCGGAAAAGGUGUCUACAGAAGUCCAGCAGCUGUGGGUACUAACGGAGAUGAUCCGCGCUAACCAGACGGCAGCCCGAAUCGGGCGUUUUGACGUGGAUGGCUGUUACGACAUCAAUCUGCUCUCCUACACCUGA